GUAGCGGAGCUCCGUUAAGGCUCGGUGCAGAGGGCAUAUACGUCAAUUUCCUUUUCUAAAAUUCAUAUUUGUAAAAUUGUCGUCCUUCGCGCGUGUAUUUAGUCGCUGCCAAAAGAUUUCAGAGCUCCUACCAAAUUCGAAUCACUUCUUUCUCAACAAACUAGAGAGAUUUAGAGAGAGACAGAAUGAAGAGGAGAGCAGGUGAGAGAGAAGCAGAGAGCAGAGGGAAGAAGAUAAUGGAAGAAAGCAACGCAGAGAGGAUCGGGAAAAGACUGAGAGGAGGCAGAAGCAUCCAUGGCUGCGUUUCUCCUCGGUGUUCUGCUUACACACUCCGAUCCAGCUUCUCAUGGUUUGAGCAGGAUAUAUGGACAUACAUUGCGAGAUUUUUGGAUGGAAAGUCACUGGUGAUGCUGGGAGCAACAAGCAAGUGGUUCCAUACAGUCAUUAUGGAGGAGGAUGUGUGGAAGUUUGCGUGUCUGCGUGAUCUUCAGGUUCCGCAGCCGUGUCCUGUCUCUUUCAGCUGGAUCAAUAUAUAUGCUUCAGCAUUUGAUGGAAGUCACUCUUAUUUGUUCCGCCAGAAGGAAAAGCAUAUUGAUUGGAUGCGGAUUGGUGCCUUUACACUCGGUUCUAAAGUAUCACUCCUGACUGAGAAUCUGAGAGGUCUGAGGAUCCCUAAGGAAGGAACCAUAGACAUGAUGUUGCAAUCCUGUGGUUCGUGUGUUAUAAAAAAUGUGAAAACUGGUAUCUGGAUUGCAGAUCUACAGCUAGUUCGUUGCCCUGUUUGCGACCUCAGCUCCUGUGAUGGAACUAUGCAAAUGCUGGAUGCUAGACAUGUAGAGCUGUUCCUUAACGGGGGCUACAAGGGUGGUAGCUGGGACUACAAUCUUAUUGGAUCUCACAGGAUCCAGAAAGACGUGGGUUCAGCUUGUGGGGCCAUUUUUGAUCUCAUUCACCUUAAAGAAUCUUCAUCCUCCGGUAUCUUCAACCUCAAGUCCUGGACCGGAAACUCGAAUGAUUCCCAACCCAAAGCAGUUAUUGCACCCCGUGCUGUUGCUGUUCAGACAAGAUUGCAAGAAAACGAAGGAAUUCUCGUGAACUAUCACACGAUGAGAGCAGGAAAAGAUGGGGACGUUGUUUCCAUCAGAAUCUCCCAGCAGCUACUCUGAUUCUUCUCAUACAUCAACCAACCUUCAGAAUGUAAAAGCUCCUAGCUUCUCUGUUUCUUGGCCGACAGGGGAAAACGCAAGGUUCUCGACCGAGCUCAACGAUCACGACAUGAAGCUGACAUGGGAUUCACCAGAUU